CUAAAGGUUUAGCAUGACAGUUCAAGAGUUAGCUAUAACAGUUUUCCUACUACUAAAAUUCGUAUGCAAUUUUUUGUUUUGUUUUCAACAUUUUGAAACCAAAAUUUAUAUGAUAAUGGUUCAUUAAAACAUAUUUGAUUGUUCACUUAAUAUUUUUAAAAUGUCUAAUUCGAUUGUUUUAAGAUUAUUUUAUUUGAACCACAGUGUCAGAACCCUCACUAAACCAGUAGCAAAUUGGAACUGUUACAACCACUUAAGGCUAUACUCAAAUAAAUCAAUUAAUAAGCAUCUCGUUCCCUCUUAUGGGUUUGUUGAUAUAAAGAACAAAAAUAAAGAAACCUACUUAGAAAUGAUAAAUAUUUUUAUGAACAAAGAUAGAGAUAGACGAGGACAAGUGGAAUUCAUCUAUGCAGCCCUUAAAUAUAUGAAAGACUUUGGUGUAGAAAAAGACCUAGAAGUAUACAAGAAGCUGAUUGAAGUUUUUCCACAAGAGAAAAUGGUCCCGAGGAAUAUUUUUCAAGCGGAAUUCAUGCACUACCCAAAACAUCAACAGUGUGCUAUAGACCUAUUAGAACAAAUGGAAGAACUAGGUGUGAUGCCGGAUUGGAGCAUGCAAGAUCAAUUGGUAAGCGUGUUCGGGAAGAGAGGCUACCCAGUGCGGAGAUAUUGGCGCAUGAUGUACUGGAUGCCACGAUUUAAGAAUGCUUCUCCAUGGUUACUACCCCAGGAUCUACCCAAUGAUACUCUAGAGCUUGCAAAACUGGCAGUCAGCAGAAUGACCAGUGUUGAUCCCACAACUGACAUAUCUGUUUACCAGACUUCUGAUAUAGCAGACUCACUAGAGGAUACUUGGAUUGUGAGUGGUCAAAGUAAAACACAGCAGUUGCUCAUUGAUUGGUUGCCGCAGGAAGCAACUUUGUAUGUAGAUGGGGGUUAUCGCUUAUGGUUGAAAGAUCGUGCAAUUACCUACUUCACUCUUUCUACAGAACCAUUCCGUCAGUUUGAGGAACAAAACUAUGAUGAUGUCUCAAAUUUAUCAUCCCAGCUAAUACCAAAGCAACCAGAUCGCACUGUACAUGAGGAGGACAACGCAGUCAUCUUAGGAGUAGCAUGCUCUGGUACAUCGACCCCCGAUUCCGUGUUGUCAUGGAUUCGUGCUCUGAGUACUGCAUGCCCAAGACUUCAACAACUGCAGAUCCUGUUCAGAGUCUCCUAUUCGGUCCGAGACCAGGCGACGCCUCCACCUCCUGCCAUCAAGGCCCCACCCAAGCAGAUUACUCCUUCUUGAUAGCUAGGUAGUUGACUGAACUAAUCUGUGAUAUCAAGAUUUAUUUCCAGUUAAUAAUUCAAACAGGUUUUACUGUUGUUUUUAUUUAUUUAGAAUAUACAUUUAUAACCAACUAAAUGUGUUUAUUUAAUUUUGUCUAUUCCUUCUUGUAUCUUUUUGUUUCUGGUAACUAUAUUAUUUAAUUUUUGGAUACCUUUUUUAAAAAAAAGUAAAAAAUACCAGUCUUUUUUUCCACCGGAAUU